UCAGGUCCCAAACCUACUGUUGAUUGCAGCUUUGUUACAGAAUUUGAUGACCAUAUUUUCGUGGCAGUAGAUGCUGAAGCAUUUUUCUUUUUGCAUGAUCUUAUCACAUCAUACAUAAAAGAAAAAGAAACUGUAAGUACAUUUGGAAAAUCACAUUCACCAGAUAGUGACCGCAAACUUAAAAUGGCUGAUCCUACUGAGGCCUUGCAGAAAGACUGGAGGAACUAUCAGUGUCAUACUUGGCAUUUAGAACCAACAGUCAGGUUAUUGUCUUGGGCUGGUAAAGGAAUAGAACCUUAUGGCGUAGAUUAUAUUCUGCAAAAGUUGGGUUUUGCUCAUGCUAGAGUCACCAUUCCUAAAUGGAUGCAAAGGGGAUGCAUGGAUCCACUGGAUAAAAUUUUAGCUGUAGUUAUGGAAAAAAUGAUUGCUGCUGUGAAAGAUGAUAAAGAUGAUAACGCUGCUUGUUCAAAGAAGUAAUUUUAAACUAUGUGCCAUAUUAUCAUUGUUUAAAGAGAUUUCCAAAGCAAGAUACUAGUUCUUGUCGUGAUGUAUAGAGAUGUGAUACUGCUCUUUGUUAAAGUUAAUUUAUGUUCAUGUCUUUGAACGUUGAGUUUUUUUGUUUGCUCUGGUAAUAUAAGCUGCAAUUGUUAUUUGUCUGAAUUAGAGUUUGUGUACAUAAGGUAUUAAAUAUUUAUGAACUGUGAUGGAGGAUUAAAUUUUAAUAUAUUUCUUUAAAUUUAAUACACUGUGUUAAUCGUGAAAGUCUGCUUAUUGUAACAUAAUUUAUGAUGAUUUUGAUGAAGGAUGUUUAGAAAUAAAAUGUUUCAAAUGUGUACAAGAUUAAAUCAAAUGCCUUUAAAAUAUUUUUUAUUAAAUUAAUCAUUAAUUUAUUGUGUAGAGAAUGAUUUUAAGUAUUUUUACCUAUUCGGGAAUAACGGAUCAUAAAGUGAAUUUUUAUAAUCUCUUAUGAUUGUAAACUGAGAUUUGUAAAUCUGAGUUUAUAUAAUUUUCUGUUUGAUUUUGUAAAUUUAGCUCUUCAUAGUGUAGUUCAAAAUAUAAAAACAAUUUUUUAAGUUAGAUAUAUUGCUGAUAUUGAAAAAGCCAUAAAAUCGGAAGAAUCUCGUAUAAAUGCGAAUAUAUGCUGUAUAAAAUGCUGUGAUGUUAAUUUUUUGUGUCCAAAAUUACAAUUUGCAAAAUGUUAAAAACAUUGACGAGUAAGAUGUUAUAAAUUCCUGUGACUGUUAUCAGUGCAUAUACCUUAAUAACUGUGUGCUAGUAUUCUAAAAUUCAGGAAUUAAACAAUGUCAGGAAGGGAAUCUUCUAAUGCUCUGUAAUAUGUUUCAUAUUUUAUUUUUUGUUUAUUCAUUCUUUCCCUCUCCACUAUGAGAAAGACAGGAAAAGUAUGCUUAGCAUAUUUCUUGUGAAUUAUGUUUUAUUUCAAAUAAGGUGUAAAAUGAUGCAUUUUGUUGGCUUUUAUAAUAUCCAAAGGCUUUCAAAGCUUUUGAAAUUGCUCUGUUUCUCAAGUAUUUUUAAUAGAGCUAAUGUGCAACUGAAUGCACCUAGUCUUGCAAAAUCAAAAUGUUUUUUUAUUAUAGUAAUUAUUAUCUGAAAUAUAUUUACAUUAUUUUUAUUGCAGCAUAAAAAUCUAUUUGCUGUUUUUUCUUUUGUGAUUUUGUAAGUCAUGAAAUGAAGUAAAAUAUUAAACACUUAGGUAUAGUGGAUUAAAGAAAAGGGGAGGGACAGUUGUGAUUAUACCUGACCAGUUAACAAAAUUCAGCUUGAGUCUUUCAUGUUCCAAAAAAAGCAGUUUGCGAUAUGUAUUAGAUUUAUGCUGAACAUUACUUUUAAAUACAGUCAAAAGUCUUUAAUCUGGACUCGUUGGGACUUCGGCGAUUCCGGAUUAUAGAUCAUCAGUUUAAAUGU